AUGGAGCUCUCUGUCACUUACAUAUGCUCCUCGACACAGUUUAUCCACUGCAAAGUGAGUAGUCGAAGCAACUCGACUGGUGAGUUCUUAACUAUUGUCUAUGGGGAGACGAAGUCAAUAGAAAGAAUGAUACUUUGGGAUUCCUUAAGGCUGAUUGCAGAUACGAUUACGGGACCUUGGUUGGUUUUUGGGGAUUUUAACGCUUAUCUGUCGCCAGGGGAUAAGAAGGGUGGGGGCAACCCGAAUGAAGCAGUCAUGAAACCGUUCCAGGAGUGCGUUGACGACUGUGGUUUAACUAAAUGUGAAACAAGAGGGGAUAGGCUUACGUGGGAAAGGACUGGCCUUAAGGAACGACUAGAUUGGGUCUUUCAGAAUGUAACAUGGUCAAGUUAUUAUCCGAAAACUCUGGUUUCGCAUGAACUUCGUUUUAAAUCUGAUCACCGGUUUCUGGUGAUAAACCCACAGGGCGGUGAUAACCAUAGAUGGAAACCGAGGACAUUUACCUACCAAUUGGCCUGGGAACUUGAGGACGAUUUUGAGGCAGUCAUAUUGAAAGCCUGGAAUGAUAAAUCUUGGCUUGAGGGUGCUAAAAGGUUCCACGAGGAAGCACUAAACUGGCAUGAUCAGCAUGUGGGCAACCUGGUUAUAAAGAAAAAAGAACUGGUGAAGAGACUGGAAGGAAUUGAUAGAGAAAGAAGGAAGCAUGAUCACCCGGGACUUAGGAGACUAGAGGAGAAACUCUGGGCACAAUACCAGAAAAUUUUACUUCAGGAAGAAUUGCAAUGGUACCAAAGAUCAAGAUGUAAAUGGUUGAUGUGGGGUGAUAGAAACACUCAUUUUUUCCAUGCGUCCAUUGUCCUCAAAAGGAAAAAACAGAAAAUAGAGAUUCUAAAAAAUGACAAUGGAGAGUGGAUAGAGGACCCAGAGCUUUUAAAGCGGAUGGCUUGUGAUUUUUAUGCUAAUCUCUACACAAAGGAGCGGGAAACCUAG